AAGGCAUAUCAGAUACUAAUUAAGACCCCUAAGCCAGUUAUCGAAACCAAUACCCUGAUUAGACCGUCUGACAUGCGAUAACUUCCUUGGCGUGCCCUAUAAAAGAGCACUGUUUACCAAAAUUCUCUAUCAGUCUGAAGAUCCCCAAUAUGAAGACUAUUUUGCUUUUGGCAUUCUGUGCGCUAGCGGCUUCGGCCUACGCUUUGGAGGAGUCGGAACGUGUGAAUGGAGAGAACGGUUGGUAUGUACCACAGCAGGAUGGCUCCUUCGAGUGGAUCGACAUGGACGAGGCAGAGGAAUGGCUGGACAAUCAGGAGAUGCUCGAGAGUCGUGCACUCAGCACCAGCCCUGUUAAGUUCUAUCUGUUCACUCAAUCGAAUCCCAAAAAGGGCCAAAAGAUCACGGCCACCAGCAAGUCCAUCGCUAGCUCCAACUUCAAUCCUGCUCACCCCACCAGAUUUGUCAUCCACGGCUGGACUCAGAACUACAAGGCGGGCAUGAACAAGGACAUUUGUGCCGCCUGGCUGAGCCAAGGUGACUACAACGUUAUUAUCGUUGACUGGGCUCGUGCUCGCUCCGUGGACUAUGCAUCUUCUGUUGUCGCUGUGCCCAAGGUCGGCAAGAAGGUCGCCAGCAUGGUGAACUUCCUCGUUUCCAACAGUGGCAUGUCUCUCAACGAUCUGUACGUCAUUGGUCACAGCCUGGGCGCUCAUGUGGCCGGCUAUACUGGCAAGAACACCAAUGGACAGGUGCAUACCAUUAUUGGUCUGGACCCCGCCCUGCCCCUGUUCAACUACAACAAGCCCAACAAGCGUCUCAGCUCCACCGAUGCCUGGUAUGUCGAGUCCAUCCAAACCAAUGGCGGCGGUCUAGGUUUCCUCAAGCCAAUCGGCAAGGGCGCCUUCUACCCCAACGGCGGUAAGUCCCAACCUGGCUGCCCAUUGGAUGUUACUGGUGCCUGCUCUCAUGCUCGCUCGUGCACCUACUAUGCCGAGGCUGUGUCCCAGGAUAACUUCGGUACCAUGAAGUGCGGAGACUACGAGGCAGCAGUCGCCAAGGAGUGUGGCAGCACCUACAGCAGUGUUCGUAUGGGUGCCGACACCAAUGCCUACAUGGUCGAGGGUGACUUCUAUGUGCCCGUCAACAGCAAGGCUCCAUUCGGCAAUAUCAACUAAGCAAUUGUGUCACAAUAAACAUGUUUCUAAAAAAAAACGAUAA